AUGGCGGGAGCAACCUAUGAAGUCUUCGGACAGAUGAAGAUGGGCCCAGGCCAGGCAUGCCCCCGUGAGCUGGUGGGCAAGAAAGCGAAGCUGAAGUGUGCGGAGGGGGACCUCUUCGAGCUGCCCGCGGAGGCGGUGGCGCUGUCGCUCAGGGCCCGGAGCCAGUUGCUCGAGAAGGGCUGCGACGAGGUGCUGGAGUACCCGAUCAAGAAGACGGUGAUGGCGAAGCUGGCCGAGUACCUGAAGCAUCACAAAGAGCACUCCCCCAGUGAGAUCAGGACGCCGCUCGUGAGCGAGAACUUGGUGGACUCCGGCGCCAGCCGGUGGGACGCCAGCUACGCCAACGUGGACAAAGAGAUGUUGUUCGACCUCACGGUGGCUGCCACCUACCUGGACAUUCCGGGGCUGUGGUUCCUGCUGAGCGCCAAGGCGGCGGUGCUCACGAACAACAAGAGCGCCGACAAGCUGCGCAAGGAGUUCGCCAUGGCCAACGACUUCCCCGCGGCGGAGGAGGCGGAGCUGCGCCGGGAGUAUUGCAGCGCCGUGGGGACGCCCGAGGCGGAGCUCACCCAACUGGCGGCCAGCUCUGUGAUCCGCAGCAGCGUGAAGGCGGCAGAGCAGAAGCUGCUGCCCAGCGAGUCCACGGAGCUGACGCUGAAGAGCUGGCGCCACGCCAUGUGGCGGGCCGCGGUGCUGGACGACUGGCGGCUCCUGGCCAACGCCCCCGAGCAGAUCCGAGGCGACAGGGACCUGGUGAAGAGCGCCAUCCUCACCUCCCAGGGCGCCGCCUUGAAGCACGCGGCCCCCGAGCUGCGCGCGGAUCAGUCGCUGGUGCUGGAAGCCACCAGAUACUUCGGCACCGCCUUCGCGGAUGCGUCCCCCGAGCUGCGCAGUGACAAGAGCUUUCUGCUGCAGGCGGUGGGCGUGCAUGGCGGGGCGCUGUCCGGUGCACCUGACUCCCUCCGCAGUGACAAGAACUUUUUGCUGGAGGCGGCCAAGGCCGGCAAGGGCGCGGCGAUGCAGGGGGCCAGCCUGGCCCUGCGCGAGGACCGGAGCUUCGUGCUGGAGAUGGCCGUGCACGACGCCGAGGCGUACCACUACGCGGCGGAGGACUUGUUGAACGACAAGGACUUUGCGGUGGCAGUGGCGAAGCGGAACGGGAAAGCGCUGAAGUUCAUGCUGCCCAUCUUCCGCGCAGAUCCCGAGGUGGUGCGCGCCGCGGUGAGUCGGGACCCGCAGGCGGCGCAGUUCGCCCACGCCUCCCGGCGCGCGGAGCUGGGCAUGAUCCAGGAGUCCAUCCACGGGGAGGUGCAGCUCAAGGAGGAGCUGGAAAGCCAGCUGAAGGCGGCCCAGGAGGAGGCCUCGUCCGUCACCACGCUGGCCAUCGCCUCGGGGGGCCCGCGGCACUUGCAGGCGCCCUCCAUUACGGGCAAGGCCCAGUACACCUGCAUGAAGCUCACGAAGACGGUGCACUUCACGGCGAUGAGCACCAUGACGGCCAACAUGGGCCAGGCCAACUACAUCGCGGCCAACGCCUAUAUGGACAAGAUGGCGCAGUUCCAGCGCCCAGAGGUCGACAGCGUGGGGCUCAUGUGGGGCGCCGUGGGCGGCAUCGGCAUGCGCUGGAAGGCCUUCGCCUCCGAGGACAUCCUCAACGCCACCCCGGAGGCCCUGCUGACCAUCGGUGACUCGGGGAAGGUGCUGCACAUCGCGUGCUGCACGAUGUUCCCCCCGGAGUGGUUCUCAGCCUCCCACUUCGACGAGAUGACCAGGGCCUACUACCUCCAGCCCACCGCCGGGAAGAUCCAGCUGGACCUGGGCGACAGCUCGGCCCAGCACGCCGAGGCAGCCGUUGCGGACCGCGAAGAGGCGGACCGAAAGGCGCUGCAGGACCUGGCGUCCGUGGACCGCCGGCCCGUGCCCAACAACUUCGCCCCCUUGGGGGGCUGGCCCAGCCUGGUGGCACCCGCGAAGACCCCUGGAACCCUGCAAAAGGGCGACAAGGUGCGGCUCACAGGGCUGAGGGCCAAGAACGGGGUCACGGGGAUGCUGGUCCAGCAGUUUGCGGACGGCAAGUGGAAGGUGAAGCUGGACGACGGCUCAGGCAACGCCUUGCUGCGCCCAGGCUGGAACCGCGGCAGCGAGCUGCGCCGGGUGGAGCAAGAGACGGGCACGUUCAUGUUCAUGGCCUUGGACUCCCGCGGGGAGGAGCGGCUGUUGAUCUUCGGCGCCAACGCAGGGAACAAAACCGACAACGGGGGGCGCAUGCACGCUGAGCGUCUCGUCAAUGAGCUGGUUCAGGAGAAGCUCCGGAAUGAUGGCCGUCGCGGGGGGGGCGGCCGGGACAGCCGCAGCCGCAGCCGCAGCCGCAGGUCCUCGCGGCGCAGGUCGCGGUCCCGCCGGGACAGCCGAAGCAGGACCGCGGGCGGAGCAGCCCGGCUCAGGUCGUCAGGCUUCGAUUACGCGAAGUGGGAUCGCCUCGAAGUGAGCGACGACGAGACCACGUUCCAUCCUAACCUGGACAAGGGCCUCAACAUCCGGGUGAAUCGCCACACCCGCGACAGGAAGGAUGAGGAGAUUGACGAGGAAAUCAAGAGGCUCACCGAGCAGGGAGGGAGCGAGAAUCUCGAGAAGGCCGCCAAGCUCGAAGCCCGGCGGCCGCUGCACGUGGACAACGUGUGCCAGGUGGCCGAGGAGCGGACCAUCAUCCAAUCCUUCGCGAGUGCCUCGCGCCUGAAGAAGGGCGAGGACUUUGAUACAGACGAGUACAUAAAGUUCAAGGAAGAAAACCAAAGUGUUUUGGAUCGAUAUGCCGAUGCCGACUGGGACACUUCCCAGGGCAUGUUGGUCAAAGAGGGCCACAUUCUCCUGGAGGAGUACGCCAACAGCUACUUCAUGCUGGAGGCCUUGAACGCGGAGAUGAGGGGGGAGAGGUCUCAGAUGCAGAAAUUGGUGCGUCAGGGGCAGAUCCUCUCGCAGAUCCACCAGCUGGCAACGCCCAUGAAGCGACCUGCCCGCGACCUCGUGCCCCGCUUCUUCGAGCGCUUCGAGCAUGAGGAGUCGGUCGCGGUGUUUGAAGAGGGGGUGCGGCAUUUUCAGGAGAACCUGAUCAAGAGAGCCGUUGAGAAGAAGAAGGAGGAGGAGGCGCCCGCCGCGAAGCCGACGCCGCCGGAGGGCUAUGAGGCGAAGCCGCUGGUGGAGGCCAUGUACUCCAUGGACAAGGAGGCGCGGCGUGGCGCGGGGGGCCUGGACCCGGUGGAGGUCUUGGCGAGUCUGCCGGAGAAGCUGCAGCGCUGCUUCCAGGAAGGCGACAUCGAGUUGCUGAAGCAGGUUGCAGAAGAGAUGCCGGAGGAGGAGUUCGAAGGCCACUUCCAGCGCUGCAUCGACUCCGGGCUUUGGCGGCCAGGGUGA